AUGAAUGGUAACAUCAAGGAAGAAAGGAAAGUCCAACUGGUGGAAAUACGAUUCUUUGCAUGGGACUUAUUGCACCAGACUGCAAGAUCUCGUCGUAUUCUGCAGUACCUUCUCGUCUCCUUUCUCAUGCUAAUGUCUAAUUUCGUUCGAAAAGCCAGUUCUUUGCUGACUAAGGACGUCGUUUCUAUCGCCACGAUGGUUCCUACUCCAGCACGCCCGGUGAACGAUACCAAUGAAGCACUAGCUAGCUUCUAUGCAAAGGUUGAUGAGCUUGAGAGUGUCUUCAUCGAUAGACUUGGAGACGCCAUCAAGAUUCCCUCAAUCUCUGCUUAUGCAGAUAAUAGGAAGGAUGUGUUCGCGGUGGAGAAGCAGAUGAGUGAAUGGGUUGCGACCAAGCUGGAGGCUGUUGGUGUUGAGGUAACACUCAAAGAUCUGGGCAAGCAGGAGGGCACAGACCUCGACCUUCCUCCUCUGGUAUUGGGACGCUAUGGCAGCGACCCCGAAAAGCCAACGGUGCUCGUAUACAGCCAUUACGAUGUUCAGCCUGCGUCUAUCGAGGACGGAUGGAAGCACGAGCCCUUCGUGAUGACGAUUGAAGAAGACGGCAAGAUCUGCGGCAGAGGAACCUCGGACGACAAAGGCCCUCUCAUUGGCUGGAUCAACAUGAUAGAAGCUUUCCAAAAGGCGGAUGUAGACGUACCGGCUAACUUGGUCUUCUGCUUCGAAGGCAUGGAAGAGACCGCAUCGUUUGGCCUUCGGCAGGGCCUGGAGGAUGAGGCAGACAAGUACUUCAAGGAUGUCGACGUGGUCUGCAUCACGGAUGUUGUUUGGGUGAGCGACGAGCAGAUUAGCGUCCCUCAAGGACUCAGAGGCAUCAUCUUCUACCUUGUCACCAUCACAGGUGCCAAAGUGGAUGCCCAUAGUGGUGGGUUCGGCGGUCAGAUUUCGGAGCCAAUGACAGACAUGGUCAAUAUUAUGUCUUCUUUGGUGGAUGCGAAUGGCAAGAUUCUGGUCCCUGGGAUCUACGACAAUGUCCAAGCUGUCACGAAAGAAGAGUACGAGAGCUACCAAAAGCUGAACAUUUCGGAAGACUCUUUGUACGGUGGCACAGGGGGUAGAAGCCUCCACGACAAUCAGGCUGACGCUCUGGUCGCUCGCUGGAAGAAGCCAUCUCUCAGUUUGCACAGGAUAGAGAAUGCCCUGCCUGGAGCCGGAGCUGUCACAUCUAUACCUGCUAAGCUUGUCGGAAAGUUCAGUAUCCGUACUGUGCCCUUUAUGAAGUGGGAGGACAUUGACCAGCUGGUGCGAAAACACGUCAAGGACCGUUUCGAGAGUCUAGGAAGUAAGAACCAACUCGAAAUUGAGUGUCAUCCGAAUGAUUGGUUCUACGAGGAGGCGAGCCACUGGAAUUACCAAGCCGCGAUUCAGGCAACACGAAACGUGUGGGGCGUUGACCCUGCUUUGACCUGUGAAGGUGGAAGCAUACCCAUCGCCUUGGACUUCAAGAAGACCUUGAAAAAAAAUGUGCUCCUUAUGCCUGUUGGUCGGCCUACCGAUGGACAACAUUCCACUAACGAGAAGCUGGAUAAGAGCAACUACAUCAACGCCAUCAAGCUCUACGAAGCUUAUCUCAAAGAGGUCACAAACUUCUGGCGUCAAAGCAAACACAAUUUCUUCUCUUCCCACGCGCGGACGACGUUCGCUCGCAGUUGCACCAUGUGUCUAACCAACGUUGUCACAGAUGUCAACACUAGCUCCAAUUUUCAAGACUUUUCGACCCAGCAUACGGCCCUUGACUUGACGAUUGACUUUGACCGUAAGAUCUUGAUUGGUCAAACUUCAAUUACUGGCCAAGCACGGGUUCAUGGUCUCGCCGAAAUUGUUCUAGACACAAGCCAUGUCGUUAUCAAGGGAGUAAGCUAUCGAGGAAGAAAGGCUGCGUGGACAUUGAAGUCCGACGAUGGAGAGAAUGGUAGUCCAUUAUGCAUUGAACUUGGAAGACGCUAUGGUGAAGGGGAAACGAUUGAGCUCACAUUGGCAAAUUUAGUCGCUGGCAAGGUCGACUUCGAAACUACCGAGAACACCACGGGCCUGCAGUGGCUUAGCCCCUCGCAGACAGAUGAUAAAGAAUACCCCUUCAUGUUCUCCCAGUGCGAACCGGUUCAUGCUCGCUCCAUUUUCCCGUGCCAGGACACACCCUCCAUCAAAAGCACUUUCGAUAUAACGAUACAUUCAAUACUUCCUGUCGUAGCGAGUGGUGUUCCUGAGUCUGAGUUGAUCUUCCCACCAAUCACGGACACGGCCGAACAGAAGACCUACAGAUUCAAGAUGGAGAUUCCAAUCUCAAACUACCUCUUCGCCGUAGCAAGCGGGAAUUUGGCGGGAGAGAAGAUUGGACCCAAAAGCUAUGUUUACUGCGCCCCUGGUGACUUGGAAGCCUGCAAACAGGAGUUUCAGCCGGACUUGCAGGCAAUAAUCAAAUCUGCAGAGAAUAUCAUCUUCGAGUAUCCGUGGCCACUUUACAAUCUGGUCGUGUUGCCAAAAUCGUUCCAUCUAGGCGGUAUGGAAAACCCAAUCUUCAACUUUUACAGCGCCACUGUCGUCUCGGGAGACCGAGAGAAUAUCUCUGUGGUCGCGCACGAGUUCGCGCACAGCUACAGUGGCAAUCUUGUUACUAAUGCGUCCUGGGAGCACUUUUGGCUGAAUGAAGGCUGGACUGUCUGGACUGAGAGGAACAUUGUGCGCGAACUCAGAGGGGACGACGAGGUCGAGCUCCAAGCCAUCGUUGGCUGGCAGGACCUUAUUCAAUCUAUUGAAUUGUAUGGCGGCGAAGACAGCGUCUUCACUAGCUUGGUACUUGAGUUUGAAGGCAAGAGGCCGGACGAUAUUAUGUCCAAGAUCUCGUACGAGAAAGGAUACACCUUCCUAUGCUACCUUGAAGAGACCGUCGGACGAGAGAAGUGGCUCAAGUUUGUGCCAUAUUAUUUCAGAACGUUUUAUGGUGCCGCGGUUGACUCAUCCCGAUUCAAGGAUUGUGUUCUCAAGUUCUUCUCACCCGACGCCGCUGCUACUUCCUCACUUGGCUGCGUUGACUGGAAUUCUUGGUUUCACAAACCAGGCGCGCCCCCAAAGCCAGGGUUUUGCUCUGAGCUUUACAAGAAGGCCAUCGAAUUGGCAGAUCAAUGGGGCAGUCUCUCGGUCCAAUCUGCGUUCAGGCCGUCUGGUAGCGAUGUCGAGGGUUGGACAGCGGGACAAGUUUUAGUCUUUCUUGAUCUACUCAUUGAAAGUCCGCAGCCAAUCCCACUCGAGUAUUGUAAGCUUCUUGACGAGUUGUAUGAUGUGGGAAAGUCUAGCAAUCUUGAAAUCGUCACUCGAUACCUUCGUGUUGCGCUCAGAGCCGGCGAUCGCAGUGUUUUGAAGCAGACUGAGGAUAUCCUGGGACAGACAGGCAGAAUGAAGUUUGUGAGGCCGCUAUUCAAAGAAUUGUUGUCGGUUGACGAAGAGUUGGCGUUGGAACUGUUCAAGAAGUAUCAAGACUUUUACCAUCCCACUUGUCUCAGACUGAUUAGAAAUCUGCUUGACGAAGAAAGGCCUUAA